GAAGACGAUGAAGAAGCGGAAGCGGAAGCAGAAGCAGUCCUUCGUAAGUUGCUGUUGCUAACUCGGUAACUUCUCAUGUUGUUGUACUUUGUCCAACAGUUAAAAUGAAUAAACCACAGGAGGACCCGUAUGAGCUCGAGGAGCCGAGUGACGAGGAGAGAGCUGAGAGCAGCUCGGAGGACGAGCUGGACGUGCUGCUGAACGGGACCCCGGAGCAGAAGAAGAAGCUGAUCCGAGAGUACCUGACGGGCGAGAGCGAGUCGUCCAGCGGCGAUGAGUUUGAGAAGGAGAUGGAGGCGGAGCUCAGCUCCACCAUCAAGACGCUGGAGGGCACCUGGGCGCCGUCUACCGCAGCAGACACCACAGCAAGAGGCGGCAGCAGCGGUCCUGGACCUCCGAACCCUCAGAUGUACGAUGAAGUGUACUUCGACUCGGACUCCGAGGGAGAGGACGUGCCGAGCAGCUCUGCUGGCCGGAGGCGGGGACAACGCGUCAUACUGACCAAUGACGAGCUGCUGUACGACCCCGACAAGGACGACAGGGACCAGGCCUGGGUGGACGCCCGCAGGAGACGGUACGAGGUCAGAAAGCGUCCCGCUGCGGGGUCUCGGUCGCAGCCUCGGCAGUCCCAGAGUUUACCGUGCAGCGAUGCCGUCCUCAACUGUCCCGCCUGCAUGACCACGCUCUGCCUGGACUGUCAGAGGCAUGAAAAGUACCGGACGCAGUACCGAGCCAUGUUCGUCAUGAACUGCGCGGUGAAGAAAGACGAGGUGUUGCGCUACAAAACGCAGCAGGAGGUGAAACCGAAGAAGAACAAGAGGAAGAGGCGAGCGGGACCGACGCCAGAAACGCCCAUGGACGUGACUCCGGACCCGGCGCCGGCCGGGAUGGACGCCGACGAGGUUUACCACCCGGUCCAGUGCACCGAGUGCUCCACCGAGGUGGCCGUGUUCGAUAAAGACGAGGUCUACCACUUCUUCAACAUCCUGGCCAGCCACUGCUGAGACACACAAGCAGCCUCUGAGAUUAACUGUUGGACUCACCGGCCAAGUUGGCAGAUGGAUGACAAAGUUCAGCGGGCCAAGCAUCUUUAUGGAGCCAAAAUAAUAAAUUGGGUUUUCUUUGGAACAUCACAAAACUUUCUUUGUGUGAUUGCAAGUCCUGCUGGUUCAUCCUCUGUUUUUAACGGGCUUUUUUUUUUUUUUUUUUGGAAAGCUGGCUGCCAAAAAUCUCCACAUACUGGCUAAUUAAUUAGUGGUGCCUGGCAUUCCGAAACGGACAAAGAAUGGACUUAAAAACAGACUAAAAUCCGACUAAAGAACCGACUAAAAACGGACUAAAAUCUGACAAAAAAACUGACCGAAAACAGACAGUUUUUAUUUUAUUUCAUGGGUUUGUUUGUGACUCUUCACCUCCUGGCAGCUCUUUUCCGCUGCAGCAUCGAAGAAGAAGAAGAAUAGAAGAAGAUCAAGAAGAAGAAGAAGAACUGGGGCUGACCGCUUUCUCUGAGACUUAAAGCUACUAACGUUAGCAUGGCAGCUUCCAGCAGUGGGCGGAGCCUCCACGCUGCCUCCUGUUUAUGUCCAGUAUACCAGGAUGUAGAUGAGAUAUGAGCUUUGGGCGUGUUAGUUUAAACAGAGAUUAGCGAUGUAAAUGUAGCCUCAGUUAUCUGUGGCGUUUUUAAUCUCUCUUAAAUUCACAAACGCUGGGAUUUGACACCGAAACUCUGCUUGUUGCAGCUCUGAUUGGUCAGUACUCAACUGAAUACACAGAAGCUCGAAUUUAGAGGCCGAUACAGAUGUUAAAAUUUUAGAAAUACGUCUGGAUAGGGAUAUAUCGGCUGAUAUCUGUUUCUUUUCCUACCGACUUCCCGGUGACACUUUACCUCCUCAUUUAGCAUUCAUAAUCAGGAUAUAGAUAUUGAAUAAAUGGUUAAUAACACUGUAAUGUACUGUAAGAAUUGUGACCAAGAUGUACUGAGAGGGGAACUUUACUGUUGCAAAUAAACUCAUCAGUGCUUUCUGUUGGUCAAACGAACGGAGACAGUUUCUAAAUAAACGUGUUUGACAUUUCUGUUCUCA